CGUGUUAUGCUGAUGACGCUGUAUGACCGGCGCGAAGAUGGCUGCGGUGUGUGCUGGGAUCCGAAUGAUGGAAGCUGCGGUCACCGGUCUCAUGGACCGGGACCUAAGUGAGGGAGAACUGGGAGAGGCGAUCCAGGGCAUCCGAGAACAUGGUGCUCUGCGGGUUGAGGGUUCGUCGGCUGCGCUCUCUGGUCUUCUUAGUUGCUGUAGCUCACGUCUGAUGUCAGCAAGUACACGAAUUGAGGGGCUUUCACUCUUGUCUCUGGUAGUUGAAGAGUCUCCCACAGAUGUUUUUCAAACCCACUGUGUGUCCUGGAUCCGAAAUAUCCUGCAGGUCAUUCAGUCUCAGGACCCUCCACGUGUGAUUGGCUUGGCUGUCUUUGUCCUGCGCUCUCUGCUUGCUCAUUCCUCCGCUUUACCUGAAUUAUCUAGAGAGGUUUCAACCAACCAGAUCCCUGGAUUGCUUACCUCGCUUUUAGGCCUGAGACGCCAGUGCCUGAUCCCAGCUUUGGAAGGAAUCAGAUCGUGUCUAAUCUCCUAUCCACGAGCUUGUGGCUCCCUGCGGGGGAAACUCACCGUGUUUUUCCUGAGUCUCCUGGAUGCUGAAAAUGUCCAAAUUCAAGAGCUGGCCUGUCAGUGCUUCUCUCUCCUCCCAUCCCUCGGAUCAGGUUUCUCUCAGGGAGUGAAACACACAGAGAACUGGGAACGACAAAUCCAAAGUGUCUUGUGCUCUUUACACAGUGUUUUCAAACAGCUUUAUCAGGGAGCCGAGACUGACUCGGCAAGAUAUGAUGGUCCUGGUACUGAGCUGGAAUUGCCGCCCCUGGCUGAAGAUGGAGCUCACAAUAUUCUACAGCUUUUGAGGAGAUUUACAGCCCUUGGACAGUGUGUGUGUCUGCUGCUGAGGGAUCCAUUCCCUUCUCCAGUUCGUGUUCCAGUUUCUGACAUUCUUAGUCUCGUCUGCAGAGCAGUAAACGUGAGCCCGAAAAACCUGAGUUGGCAGGGGGAGGAGUCUCUAAAACUGCUUUUCCUGCCACGGAUCCAGAAGAGCAUUUUGGAUAUCUUGGAUGCCCUAAUCAUAGCGUGUGGACCUCGACUGCUGUCGUUCUCUUCUGUGAUCUGCAGAUUGUUCCCUCAGCUGCUUAGUUCCUGGGCUGCCGUGAGAGGGGCAGGUGGCAUGCCAGCAGGGCACGAGAAGCCGUACAGCUCCCUACGUGGGUCUGUAUACCAUGUGCUGGAGAGAUGGGUGACAGUGUGUGGAGUGUCUUCUGGUGUCAUGCAGGGCCCUGCUCAUCAUUCUGACGUGCUGCUGGCACACCUCCUGAGUGACAUCACACCAACCACAGAAUCACUCAAGAUUUCUGGGUUUGUACAGCAUGGUGCAAAGAAGCAGAAGGUCUCGGAAAUUGCGGAUAGUGAUUUCCAGAACCACAGGAAGAGAGAUGUCAGCACUAACAGUGAGCUGUGUGCUGCAGCCCUGAGAGGUCUUUGCUGUAUCAUUCUUCAUUGUGGAUCAUUAAUUAAAGAAGAUACUCACAGAAGGCUCCAGGAGUUAUCUAUCCCACUUCUGAUUCGUCUUCAGCAGGGCUCUGACAACUGGUUGGGUCCAUACUUUAGUAGCAAUUGUCGAAAGGAGCUUUACAGAUUGCUUCUUUGUUUGACAUUGACACCUUGCCCACGGCUUCCAGCUCCUCUGCACUGUGCUAUCAAGAUCUUCAGAGGAGGGGUCACUGAAGAAAGUUUGCAGGUCUCUCUGUUCUGCACAGAGGCUCUUGCUAUUUGCCGUGUCCUCAUUCAUCCUCGUGUCCCCUCCCUUCAGCGCCCAUUACCCACUCCUAGUCCACGGCCACCUCCUCAGACAGAAGAUGUUUCCAUUUUGCGACCUCCUGCUCCUCUACCUACGUUCCCUGUCACUCCUACAGCUAACCACCUGCCUGUCAGAGCUCCUGCUCCUCUGCCAAAUGAUGCCCCUUUAGCCCCUGCUGUACCCUCCCCUCCGCCAGAGGAGACAUUUGGGGGGAAAACACGGCGUGCUGUCUUCAUUCAUUAUGAGAAGGAGGAAGCAUCAGAUGUAGAGAUUUCAUUAGAAAGUGAUUCAGAUGAUAGUGUUGUUAUAGUUCCUGAGGGUCUCUUCACUAAGCCGCCUGCUAAAUCUGAACCCUCACCACCCUCUGCCAAACCUCCACAAGAGGAACCUGCAGAGCUCCCUGCACAAACUGUGGUCCCACCUCCUAUUACUGCCCCUCCACCACCUUGUGUUGUGCCUGCUCCUGUUCCUGCUCCACAGCUUCCUGCUGAAAUUCCACCUCAGCAACCCCCAGAGGGCACCAUGACUGUGAUUAAUAUAAACAGUAGUGAUGAUGAGGAGGGAGAAGAGGAGGAGGAGGAGGAAGAAGGGGAGUAUGAUGAAGAAGAAGAUUUUUAUGAUGAAGAGGAGGAAGAUUUGGAAGAACUAGAGGAAGAGUAUGAUGAGGAUGAAGAAGGUCUUACAGAAGAGGAGGAGGAAGAUCUGGAAGAGGAUGGAGAGGAUGAUGAAGAAGAGGACGAGGGAGAGGAUGAGGAAGGACUAAUGCAUGAAGAGCUGCAGAUGGGUUGUGUUUCAGAGGAGUUAGAUGAGUGUGUACAGCCUAUUAUUCAGAGUGUAGAGCCUAUUAUUCAGAAUGUUGAGCCUAUGAUUCAGAAUGUAGAACCUAUGAUACAGGUGACAGAACCUGUUAUUCUGGAAGCAGAACCUGUUGUUCAGGCAACAGAACCAGAAGAAGGGCCUCCUAGGUUGUCUCCUGUGCAGGAGGAAGAUGCAGGUGACACUGGACUGCUUAUGUUAGUGGAAAGUGAGGAGCAGGAGGCAACUGGGGAGGAGCCGCAGGAUAGAGCACCAGAAACAGAGACUGCAGAGAGCCCACCUCCACCUCCUGUUCUUACACCCCCACCACCUCCAGCACUUCCCCUUGAAACUGACAAUAGCACUGGUCCCCAAACUGAACCCUUAAAUGAACCUGGAAUAACCCCAGCCAAAGAAGAACCCGAGAAAGAGAAGGAAGAACGAGAGCCCGAAAAGGCAAAGUCUGAAGAGAUAGAGGAUGGAGUUGUUGAAGCAGAUGCAGACACUAUGUUGGCAGACUUUGUUGACUGCCCUCCAGAUGAUGAAAAGCCCUCCGAGCGAGACACCUGAUUUCACAACACGUUUUCAGCAGUCCAGUCCUUUGUCUACGCAGAGGACACAGCAUUUCCCACUUGUAAUAUAUUAAACCAUUACCUGACAGCACCUACCUUGCACUUCACACACACAAGUAAUAAGCCACACACACCUCACAGCUAGUUGAACAUACUGGACUAUCUUCUCAAACACAUUUAAAGUGCCAUCUUCUUCAGUGACAGCAUGUCUUUACAAAUAUCAUUCCAAACGUAUCUAUAAAACAAUCUCUUUAGUUAUAGCUAAAUAAUGCUGCCCUCACUCUACAGAGCUAGAUGUGACAUGGACUUAUCAUAGAUAAGUUUGUCCUAUUUGUCUUUAUUUUGUGGGAUUUUUUUUUCGUUUUGUUUUCUCAAUAAAACAAAAAUGUAAAGAA